CAUCGUCCUCAAGAAGCGGGUGAGAAGCAAACACGUCUCUUUCCACCGUUUUGCCUGUUUCUGCAGACUUGUUCUGAGGCCGAGGCAGCCUGUCUUCAGUUGACACCUAAAAUACAGGGAGACUGAAAACUUGGAGGUGGGUGGAUGACAAUAGAAGGCUGAGGAUUUUUAAGAAGAUAACAGUGUCCUAGAUCCAACAUCAGUGAAGGCAACGAAUCCACUUUGUGAGUGGAUGCAAUGUCAGUGUUGCACUGAUGGUGGAGAUAAUCAAGUUUACAACUGUGUUACAAGGAACAGAAGAUUGAGUGCGCAGUUAGUCAUUUGUGGACAGGUAAAGAAGAAAGGAAAGAGAAGCCCAGGACAUAUGGAGCUUUUGUUGAAAGAGAUGGUGAUGUUCCUGAGCCCCCUGUUUUUCGUCUUCAUGCUGGGUCUGGGUCUGACCCCACUGACCCUGGCUCAGGAAGACGACAGAUACAGACACUUCCUGUCCCAGCACUAUGAUGCCCAACCAAAGGGCCGGGAUGACAGAUACUGUGAAAGCACAAUGACGAGGCGAGACCUGACCAAUCCCUGCAAAGACGUCAACACCUUUAUUCAUGGCAGCAAGAAUGACAUCAAGGGCAUCUGUAAAGAUUCGAAUGGAGAACCUUACAAAGGCAAUCUCAGAAUAAGCAGGUCUCGCUUCCAGAUCACCACUUGCAAGCAUAAAGGAGGGUCCCCCCGGCCUCCAUGCAAGUACAGAGCCACAAGCGGGUACAGAGUCAUUGUUAUUGGCUGUGAAAAUGACUGGCCCACCCACUUUGAUGAGUCCUUUAUCACUCCAGCGCAGUAGCCUAGAGCUGGCUCUGCUCUUUUUUCCUUGCAUUUCCCCCUCUUACUGUAGCAACAUUCAUUGCUAGGAAUCCAGAAAAUGAGCUGCUGAUCUUUUUGUUUUCUGUUUUACAAUAUGCUUAAUAAAUAAAAACGUCUCUGAAAUCAGUAAAAAUCAAA